AUGUACCGGACCGCGUGCUUCGAUAAUUUGGUCUUGCACAACAUGUUCCGUAAUUUGUUGAAAAAAAUAGAGAGGAAGGCGAAGAAAGGAGGCCAACAAAAGGACUGGGCAGCUGAGCAUCAAAAUUAUAUACACAGAUGGAAUGAUAGACAUUUUUGUAUUGUUGAGCAAAUCGAGCCAACUCCCCAGGAAUCAGAUUACUACACUUGGUAUUGGAGGAUAACUAGAAGAUGGAUACUCCAUGCGACCACAUCCCCAGUUGAGUUGCAAAGAGGAUAUGUGCCUCGGGGUAUAGAUGAGAGAGAAUUAGUAUCAGCAAUAGAUGAUGUUCAAACCAUUGCAAAUAGUGGCUUGGAAUUGGCUCGAGCAGGUACAUAUCCCGAAGCACAGAAACAUGCAUCAAUAUAUCAGUCGAUAAUGCAGAGGCUUCACCAAGCCUUACAUCGAACUCAUGAAGAGUAG